AUGCCUUCGGAAAACCACAUCAAAGCGGGCUGGUCUCUUAUCGAAGACAAGUCUAAGGUCCUUGGCUUGACCAUUGGCAGUAAUGAGAACGUCCAGCCAGGCACAUGGCUUCCCCGCAAAGCCACAGCAGCUCAAGAGCCCCCGAAGCUCUCCUUUACUGGUGCCAACCCCACCAGCACCUACCUGGUUGUGAGCUUGGACAUAGACGCUCCUUUCCCUUCCUUCGGGAUCCUGGGCCCCAUACUUCACUGGAUCCAGUCCGAUAUCAAAGUCACCAGCGAGGGUGCACUCGAGUUCGACGCGCCUUUCGUCGCGAAUUAUAUCGGCCCCGCUCCCCCACCCGUGAGCGCACCCCAUCGGUACCUCUUCUUCCUGUAUGAACAGCCUGCAGAUUUUGAUCUCAAAGCCUAUGCACCUGCUAGUGGCAAGAAGCUUAGCAAUUCAAAUCGCAUCCGGUAUGAUCUUGAUGCUUGGGCAGAGGAGAUCAAGCUUGGUCCUCUUGUGGCUUUCAACUAUUUCACCUGCAACUAG